AGGAAAUGCUGAAAAGACGUCUAGAAAAGUUUACUCUGAGUAAUCCAGAUGUGAAAAACAUGAAGAUCCUGGUGGCUGGACAAAUUGGAGCAGGGAAGUCCAGCUUUAUUAACUCUGUCCUUAGUGUCUUUCAAGGAGAAAUAGUUAAUGAAGCAAUAGCUGAAGAUUUGGGAUCAGCCGCCAGUCACAGUUUCACAAAAAUACUGAGAGCAUACCGCAUCAGAAGUAAAGAUGCAGAUUUGCCUUUUGAAAUCUGUGACAUAAAAGGUUUAGAACCUGAAAAAAUAUCUGAGUGUCAAAUAGAAGACAUUGUCAACAGCAUAUUUGGCCAUGUGAAGGAGGGAUAUAAAUUCGAGGAGAAAUCCCUCACUAGUGAUGAUGAACAUUACAAUCAAAACCCUUCACUGUCUGAUCAAGCAUUCUGCCUAGUUUACGUCAUAGAUGCAAGUAAAAUCCAACUCACUGCAGAAGAUAAGAUAAUUACAGAGAAACUGAAGAAGAUCCGCCAGACCAUCAGUGAUAAAGGGAUUCCUCAAGUGAUUGUCAUGUCUAAAGUGGAUGAAGCAUGUCCUCUGGUCAAAAAUGAUCUAAAGAUGGUCUACAGAAGCAAGAUCAUCAAAGAGAGGAUGGAGUUGUGCAGUGCCAAAGUGGGUGUUCCAGUGAGCCACAUCUUCCCAGUGAAGAACUAUCAUAAUGAGAUUGACACAAACGAUGAUGUUGAUGUUUUGAUUCUCAAGGCAUUUGAUCAGAUUGUGCGUUCUGCUAAUGCAAGACUGAGGCGUGGUGCUUCCAACAUAUGAGCUUUCAGGACAAAAACCAACAAUAAUAGCAUUUAAAGUUGAAUGAAUAUGAAAUGACCAAAAGUGUAUCAUCAUCUGAAUCAAGAGGUAUCAUCCAUUCUCUGAAGGUCAUGUGAUUUAUAAGCAUAUACUUUUCACCUACUGUUAUGUAAUAUUCAGACAUACUACUGAUGAAAUACAGAAAAGCAGUGUCAUAUUAAUCUGAU